AUGAUAAGGACAUUAAUUAUUAUGUCUGUUUGGUAUAAUAAUAGAACUUAAAGAGUUUGUAAUAUGUAUGCGAGUGAAGCCAACCUUUUAUUUGUAAUUAAAUGUAUUUUGAAAAUAAAUCCUUAUACUCUGGUAUUUUCUGCUAUGUCUAUUUCUGUUUUUUAUUUUGGAUUUGCUAUUAGAAUAUGUGAAUCUCCUUUAUAAAGAGAUAAAGAUAAUUAAUUAUUCCAUAAUAUGCUUAACUCUAUGUGGAAUAUUAUUAUUACUAUGACUACUGUUGGAUAUGGAGACUAUUUUGCUCAAACUCACUUAGGAAGAUUUGUGAUUUUCUUUGUUUGUAUGUGGGGUGUCUUUAUUGUAUCUAUGAUGGUUAUUACUCUUAAUAAUACUUUAGAAACAUCAAAUUUAGAAAACAAAGCUAUUGUUGUUGUUUAAAGACUAUAAAUAAAAAAUGAAAUGAAAUAAUAUGCCGCUUUUGUUUUAACUUCAACUAUAAAAACGUAUUUAUUAAAUAGAAAAUAAUAACUUACUAAAGAUUUUAAAAAACAAUUUUAAAUUAAACUUAGAUUUUAUUUGCAUUAAUUAAAAAUUGCUUAGAGAUAAUAUAGAGACAUGACUGAUGAAAAUUUAACUGAAGAAAUGUUGGAUCUAUAAAAAGUAUAGAAAAAAAUUUCUUAAGUUAAAUCUUACAAAAUAAUUAGUGAAAUACUGCCUAAAUGA